UUUCGAUUGACUUGUCUUUUUUAUAUUUUAGUCUUUCGAUUUUUUAUUUCGUUUCAGUCAGAACACUUUUUUAAUUCGUGAUGUGUACAAUUCUCCGGAAGUGUAAACGCGUCCGCAUCAACAUAAACAAAAUGCUUCAGCAGGAGACGUAACAUACAUGGUCGGUGCCGAAAAUUUAGGACAAGGUUGAAUGAUGGCAAGAAUACCUGCUUGUCUCUGAAUGCUGGAAAGCAAAGGACUUCGUGUAGAAGAUUGUGGCCACAUUGCCACCAUGACACCAACUGUAUGCAAGGAAUGUGGCUGUAGAUGUGACAGCUGCGGCAGUAGCACCACAUCAUACUCAAAAGGCACAAGCCUGGACCUUCACCAACAGAUAGCUGAGCUGCACAGCCAGCUGGGGCGUAGCGGCUCACACAUUGGCAGCCUGGAACAGCAGCUGCGUGAUAUGCGCAGCAACACAGAUUUUGAUUUAAGCCGGACAAAGGAUGAGCUGGCACGACUCCGGGAGAGAUACGAGAGGCUGCUGGAGAGUCACAAGAAGAUGCAGAAAAUAAAUCACGACCUGGAGGAUAAACUCUUGAGACAGGUGAGUCAGGCAGAAUCGGAGAAGGUGUCUCUCCAACAUGAGCUUUCCUCCAUGAUGCAGCGGCUGGUGGAUGCACGUACCCUCAUCACACACCUGGACGAGGAUAAUGAGCGGUAUCGUCAGGACUGCAAUGUAGCGGUGCAAUUGUUGCAGUGCAAACCUUCCAACUUUGUGUCACAUAGGCUCAACACACUUCCCCUAGAUCUUCAAGAGCGAGUGAAACAGUUGAUGCCAAGGGAACAGCUUCUGGCUGCAGAGAAUGCAGCCAACAACCCCCCAGAGGAGCCCCGACUCAUGCGCAUUCCCAUCGCAACAUUUCCGCCGACAGCCAUGGUUUACUCUCUACAGCACAACACUGGCAACAAGAUUUCAGGGUCAGAGAGUAAGGACAUGAAUGGAGGACACUCAGAGACCAGCUCAGGUCUCAUUCCCACAUCUCUUAUUGCUCGGGUGUUAAACCAACCCCGACCACAUCGGGCUAUCCCGCGGGUCUACCUGUGUACUUCCUGUCGGCGGGACGUGGGCCAUGAGGAUGUAGGCUGUCAGGUAGACUUCUUGUCCCGCGGCACACGGCCUGUGGAGAUCACACCCCUGCCAGCCGGAUCGGAACGGGUAGCGAGUCUGAUACAGUCUCCUCUCGCUAACACGAUUCCAGCAGACGCUCGUGGCUGGCACAGCAAUCGCAAGGAAAAUAGCAAGGGUCAUGGUCACUUUGUGUACACGAAUGGUCAUCCUGGUCAUUCCGGCAGUGUCCACAACAUCCCUCAUCCUCCCAGUCGAGAGCAUUGCCUCAGCACCAGCUCUACAGAGACGGAACUUUAGCCUCAACCUAACCCACCCUCCCCUUCCCUGUCUCUUCCCGACUCAUCCCUUCUCCCGUCCAGAUCAAUCCCUUAAUUUAUUCACAAUGUUGCCUGAGCUGGUGUGUCGUGCUAGCCCAUACUAUUGGCUCGGAGGGCCAAUUGUCUUCCACUGAUCUGAGGGAGGUCCUGGUGCAUUUUAUGGAACUGUGGGAGUUUUCACACAGAUAUACCCUUUCUUCACAGAGCAUUACUAUCGGAAUAAACUUUAUCUAGAGGGAGUACCUAUUGUUUAAUAUAUGUUUUAGUUUCAAUUGCCAGUUAUUUUCAUUUUGAUGACAGGUUGAAAUGAGAGCUAGUGAUCUUAUAUUUUUAAUUUUGUUGGAUUUUUCUUUUUCUCUUUUUUUUUUUUUUGGUUCAUACGCGUGGGAACUGCCAUAAUGUAAUCUCAUUUAUUUUUCAUUUUCCAUUAAUUGUUUGUAUUAUAAUUUUGUCUUUUUGUCUUGUCACUGUAAUUCUUCAAGACUUCCACUUCCAUUUACAUAGUGAUAAAGUCACCUAUUUGCAUGGUGCUCUUUCCACCAACAUGUGCAUUUGUCAGGACCAGCAUAAUUUUUUUUAUUGAAAAUCCAAUCUUUUAAAGAAAAGAUAAAAA